AUGUCGAACACGAAAUGUCCUCUAGGUGACUUUGGGCCUGCGCCCGACGGCCUCGAUUUGUGUGCAAACAAAAACGCCACCAUCAUCGGACCCGUGGUGGUGGUGUUGGUCAUCAGCUUCGGAGCUGUCGCUGUGCGCAUCAGCUGUCGCUAUUCCAUAGCUCGAAAAAAUUCCCGCGGCUUUCUGGCAGUGGAUGACUACCUUGUGAUCGCUGCGCUGAUCAUGGCUGUCAGCAUGGGCAUCUGCUGCUUCAUCGGCGUGCAAUUCGGAGGCGGACAGCACCUCUGGGCGAUAACUGUCAGCAAGUUCGACGACCUGUGGAAGACGCUCUUCGCUUUCAUUCUCAUCUACGUCGCCGGCGUCUCCCUGACCAAAGCCUCCAUCAUGCUCUUUUACCGCCGCCUCUUUGGUUCCAGCACUGCUUGGUGGGUCGUCUUUACCCUGAUUGGGGGUUAUUUUGUCGCCAUCACGGUGACAGCCCUGGCUGCUUGUCAACCGCUGUCGUAUUUCUGGGGAAAGUACACAGAUCCCAACGCAACCGGCUCCUGCAUCGAUACCCCGAAGUUUUUCCUCAUUAACGGCAUCUGCGCCAUGCUGAUAGACGUCUUGAUCCUCGUUGUUCCGCUGCCAACCAUUUACGGUCUCAACAUGCCUCCUGGAAAGAAGGCCAUGGUGUCUGGUAUCCUGCUGCUAGGUUCUUUUGUUGUCCGCAUCAUUGCACUAGAUCACUUCACAAAGGACGAAGAUGUCGUCUGGGCCAUGGCUGAGGUGUUUGUGUGGUCUUGCUGCGAGCCUUGCGUUGGCAUUGUCUGUGCAUGUCUCCCGACCUACGGGCCCCUAUUUGCCCGCUUCAAGUGGUUUCGCCAAGUAUCAUACAAGGCAAGCUUUCCGCCAACAGGGAAGGGAGCUGAGCGCUCCAACGUCUUGAUAACCAUUGGCGGCUCACGCCAGCCCGCAACAACCGGGAACGUUACCACCAAGAGCAGUGGAUGGAGUCGUUUGACUAGGGGAAACGACACCAGCAAGCAGUCGAGCGUUUUCCGCUCUCGUCCCGACGAAGAUGAAGUCGAGCUCACUACAAACAUACAGGGCAGCAAGAGACCCGAACGUGACGCAUACGGAGCACAUGUCGACGAAAUUGCGCGCUCCACAACGCAAGCCAGCGACAGUGACGGGGACGAGCAGAAGAAUAUGCAAGUUCUCGUAAAAACGGAUGUACGUUGGGAGGUCGAGUCCAGAAAAUGA